UUCAAUCUGUCUUUGUCUUCUUCGCCUUUGCCUCCUAGCAGCUCAUCUCUUCAUCCUUACCCUUUCCUUCCCGCAUUUGUCUUGUCGCCUCUGAUGGGGGCCACCUCCCCUUCAGGCCUGGAGCUCACCAUGGCUGUCCCCGGCCUUAGCUCCUCCUCCGGCUCAGAGGGGUUCGUAUGCAUCAUCAACAACAACAACAACAGUAGCAGCAACGGCAACCUGAACAUGAGGGACCUGGACAUGAACCAGCCGGCGAGCGGCGGCGAGGAGGAGGAUUUCCUGAUGGGCAGCGUGGAGGAGGACGAGGAGGAUAUGAGGGCCGCUGGCGGGCCGCGCCGCCCCAAGAAGCUCCGCCUCUCCAAGGAGCAGUCCCGCCUCCUCGAGGAGAGCUUCCGCCUCAACCACACCCUCUCGCCGAAGCAAAAGGAGGCCUUGGCGAUCAAACUGAAGCUGCGGCCCAGGCAGGUGGAGGUCUGGUUCCAGAACCGCAGGGCAAGGACAAAGCUGAAGCACACGGAGAUGGAGUGCGAGUACCUGAAACGCUGCUUCGGCUCGUUGACGGAGGAGAACCGCCGCCUGCAGCGGGAGGUGGAGGAGCUGAGGGCGAUGCGCAUGGCCCCGCCCACCGUGCUCUCGCCGCACACGCGGCAGCCGCUCCCGGCGUCCGCACUCACCAUGUGCCCCCGCUGCGAGCGCAUCACCGCUGCCACCAGCCCACGGGUCACCCGCCCGGCCGCCUCGCCGUUCCACCCACGCCGUCCCUCCCCGGCGUUUUAGGGUUUAGCUAGGGCUCAAGAGAAACAGACAGGAUUAUUGUCGAGGUAGAGUUGCUAGUGGUAAUGUAGGGUGCACGAGGUAGAAAUCUUGUGUAAAUUAAAGGAGGAUGGGAAUGAAAUGGGCGUACGUGGCUCGUGUGGGGUUUGGAAGCGGAUCAUGGCCCCAUACCGUGCCUGGAUAAAAAGUUUCUAGUUUGAUGGUAGUUUAGGUCAUUUGGUCUUCUAGAGUCGUGUGCUGUCAACUAAAAUGGAAUAUAUCAUCCGUUGUCUCCCA